GAGAGGAAGACAAGGAAGUAGAAGCAGUAACCUAACACAUCCAUCACUGGAGCAAAGACACAACAGGGUACACAUCUGGCUCAGUUGAAGUCAAAACAUGGUGGUGGCGAUGAGCUCUUCCUGCCCGGGGCUGUACUGUGGACGGCUGAUGGUCAAUGGGUCAGUGGAGCGGGAGUGUGGUGUGUGCCCUCGGGGAGAGAGAACCAACCUCCAAAAGGCCUGUGAGCGCUGCACAGAGAGCCCGGAGCUCUACGACUGGCUGUACCUGGGCUUCAUGGCCAUGCUGCCCCUGGUCCUGCACUGGUUCUUCAUCGAGUGGUACUCGGGGAAGAAGAGCUCUAGUGCUCUGCUCCAGCACAUCACGGCUAUGGUGGAGUGUGGGGUCUCAGCCGUGGUCACCCUGCUGGUCACUGAGCCCAUCGGGCUGCUCAGCAUCCGCUCGUGUCGUGUCCAGAUGCUCUCAGACUGGUACACCAUGCUCUACAAUCCCAGUCCGGACUAUGUUACCACAAUGCACUGUACACAGGAAGCUGUCUACCCACUCUAUACAAUGGUAUUGAUCUACUACGCAUUUUGCCUGGUGCUGAUGAUGCUACUGCGCCCUCUGCUGGUGAAGAAGAUAGCCUGUGGUCUGGGAAAGUCUGAUCGCCUGAAAAGUGUAUAUGCGGCACUGUAUUUCUUCCCAGUACUAACUGUAUUACAGGCGGUUGGAGGAGGUUUGCUGUAUUAUGCAUUUCCUUACAUCAUACUCGUCCUCUCGCUUGUUACCCUGGCUGUUUAUAUGUCCGCAUCAGAGAUUCAGUCUUUGAAAAACCUGAUUGCAAAGAAGAAACGCCUUGUUGUUCUGCUUAGCCAUUGGAUAAUUCAUGCUUAUGGUAUCAUCUCAAUCUCCCGUUUGGACAAGUUGGACCAGGACCUUCCGCUACUGGCGCUGGUACCUGGCCCCGCCCUGUUCUACCUGCUGACAGCCAAGUUCACAGAGCCCAGUCGGAUACUGUCUGAGGGGGCUAAUGGACAUUGAUGUUUGGAAAAAUCUAAAUGUAUUGGGAAAAAAAACACUAAAUUGUGUAUAAUGUUCAUGUUACGAGCAACCCUCAUCAUUACAGGAAUGAUACAAAAAAAAUUAAAUUGUUGAAUGGGUUUUUAAAAGGGUAAUCUUGGAUUCUAUGACAAAAACAGCAAUAGAAUCUAAAAAGAAGUUACCCAUGUCUAAAUUAUUUAUUUAUUCGAAUUUUCCAACAAAUAAUCUUCUAUUCCCUGAUUUUAAGGAUGUUUGAAUGUUAAAUUACUUAAUUUAAUUACCAUCUUCACAUCCUUUCUGAGUGUGAAAGAAUAUGAUCAUCUUUAUCUUUGUGUUAGGGAGUGUAUCUACAUGUUACUGUUUACCAGGUGAACUGGUAAAGAGCAUAGCGGUUCAUUUGAGACGAUUGACAUUUUAGAGCAAAUGCAUGAGCUGUGUUAUAAUCUUAUAUUAAGUAAGAGCAGUAAACGUUGUUGCCUGUAGUUUAUUUUGUUUCCUUAUUGACGUGCUGUAUUUUUAAUUUUCCUUUGACAUUGUAUAUAUUAAAUUUUUUAUCAUUUUAAGCAUAAAUGUCGUUCAAGAUGUAAAUAUAUACAAAAUAUGACUA